AUGGUUGCUGGAUUUUACGGUUUAUUGGCAGGAAUUUAUAUUUUACUAUUCGGUUACUCACCAAUUCUUCCAUGGGGAUUAUGUCAAAAUUGUUGCAUACGAAAACAAAUUAAAGAUGACCUUCAUGAACAAUAUCCAAAAUCAAUUCCUCUUAUAGAACCACCAAGUAUUGAUAAAACCGUAACAGAGAGAAUAGAUGAUUUAGAACGAUUUUUAAAACAAUUCAUUUGCGAUAAAGAAUCGGAAACGAAAAAUUAA